AUGGCCGUACCCGAACCCACAACCCGGGGGGGGGGGGAUCCAGAGGACCCAACCCCCUGGGUCCCCCCCCCUGGGGGGCCCCUGAGGGGGGACACCACCUUGGCCCCCACCACCCAAAGGGGGGGGGUUAAUUUGGGGGGGGAUAACUUUGUCUGGGGGGGGGGGGGGUGGCCCCCUGUAUCCUCCACCAACAAAGACCCCCCCCCCCCCCCAAAGGGAGGAAAAAAGCCCAUAAAUCAAAGUGAUUCGGAAAAACUAUGUUAUGGUCCAAAAUCCCCCAUUUGUAGGAAACGCCCCCACCCCCCAAUACCAAUGCUUCGGGGUCCCGGACAACCCCACACAAACCCCCACAACUCAAAUCAAGAUGGUGGUGGCCCCUCCCCUAAAGUGCGCCCCUACAGCGGUCAACAGGACCCCCAGCUCAACUUUAAAUUGGGUGUAAAAAUUCCAUGGGGGCAACACCCCCCGCCGUCCUUAGCCCCCCCACCCUUUACUGGAGGGUCCUCACCACUGAACCGGCCCUGUAUGUAUCCAUUGAGAAACAAGAAGGUGGGUGCCGGGGGCAAAACAGGGACUGGAAACGAAAAUGCUUUGGGCCGGGAUAACAUUCCCCCCCCCCCCCUUAAGGGGGUAGCCCCUGCCCCCCCCCUAGGGGUCCCGAAACCAGGCUUUCCCCCCUUUGUCCCAGACAAACCGGAAAAGGGGGUAACCCUUCCCGCAUUAAAUUAUCAACCCCCACGGGCCCAAUUAAAAAAAUGGCACCCGACACUUGUGACCCCCCCCUACAAAAUUCUCUUAGAAGUUUCCCCCAAAACAGGACAGAACCCCCCCCCAAAGCCGGAGGGGGGGUUGUUCCUUCCCAGGCCUCGUUUCCCAAACCCAAGUAUAUUCCACGGGAAGCCCCACUCCCACGGUCCUGGUAAGGCCCCAUCCUUCAUGGCAAGAGCACCGCCCCACCCCAAAGACGCGCCCUUUACUGGGUUUGCCGUUCCCCCCAUAUCCCCCUGGCAGCAUAAAUAUGCACGGACAUCAGAGAGUUCUGAUCGGGGCGAUGAAUGGCUAGAGAGCGUUUACGUGGCCUCGUGCCAAUCUUUUUCCUCGGGUCUGUAA